AACAGCACUCGUAUUGUGGGUUUGAGGGGAAAUUGAUCUGGUUUGAUUGUUCUGGUCCCGUCAGUGCGCUCCUCCUGCUCUGGAGCUUCAGGUGGAGGUGUUAUAAUCUCAGCAGGGAGAACUCGCGGUUUGGCGCUGCUGCCGGUGUUUCUGCCGGAGCUGAAUAGCCUCAUUCUGAUUCGGCCUCUCGGGAAUUUCUCAUAGCAGAACUACAGAAUCUUCCCCUCGCCGCUGCCGCCGUCACGCUGCUCUGGAGGCUUGUAGAAGGUCUCACUCUAAACAGUCAUCAUGCUUGCCGAGUGUCAACCCCAGAGUGAAGAUGAGACCAUGGUUCCGGUACUAACGUCCAAAAAAGCCAGUGAACUUCCUGUGAACGAAGCCGCGUGUGCACUGCAGGCUGACCUGCAGUUUGGCCUUUCCCACGAUGAGGUGCUCCGGCGCCGUGUCUACCAUGGGUGGAAUGAGUUCGACAUUAGUGAGGAGGAGCCUCUUUGGAAGAAGUACAUCUCUCAGUUUAAAGAUCCUCUCAUCAUGCUGCUGCUGGCGUCUGCUGUUAUCAGCGUGUUGAUGCGGCAGUUUGACGAUGCCGUCAGCAUCACCGUGGCCAUUAUCAUCGUCGUUACUGUGGCCUUCGUUCAGGAAUAUCGCUCUGAGAAGUCUCUGGAGGAGCUGGGGAAGCUGGUGCCUCCAGAAUGCCACUGUAUAAGAGAGGGGAGAUUGGAGCACCUGUUGGCGCGAGAGCUGGUUCCUGGAGAUACGGUCUGUCUGUCUGUAGGAGAGAGGGUUCCUGCUGACCUUCGGCUCUUUGAGGCAGUAGAUCUGAGUCUGGAUGAGUCCAGUCUAACAGGAGAAACCACACCCUGCUCCAAAACAUCUGCCCCUCAGCCGGCCGCCACCAACGGCGACAUCACUUCCCGGAGCAACAUCGCCUUCAUGGGUACUCUGGUGCGCUGUGGCAAAGCUAAGGGUAUCGUCAUCGGUACUGGGGAGAACUCUGAAUUUGGUGAGGUCUUCAAGAUGAUGCAAGCAGAAGAGGCCCCUAAAACCCCGUUACAGAAGAGCAUGGACCUGCUGGGGAAGCAGCUCUCGCUCUACUCCUUCUGCAUCAUAGGUGUGAUCAUGAUGGUGGGGUGGCUCCAGGGAAAAUACAUCCUGGACAUGUUCACGAUAGGAGUCAGUCUUGCUGUAGCCGCUAUUCCGGAGGGUUUGCCGAUCGUGGUGACGGUGACGCUGGCGCUGGGAGUGAUGAGGAUGGUGCAGAAGAGGGCCAUCGUGAAGAAGCUCCCUAUAGUGGAGACUCUGAGCUGCUGUAAUGUUAUCUGCUCUGAUAAGACUGGAACCCUGACGAAGAACGAAAUGACCGUUACUCAGAUCUUUACCUCAGACGGGCAGCACGCAGAGGUGACGGGCGUGGGCUAUAACAGUGCUGGAGAGGUGCUGCUGGACGGGGAGGUGGUGCACGGCUUUUCUAACUCCGGGAUCAGUAAGAUCGUGGAGGCCGGCUGUGUGUGUAACGAUGCUCUGAUCAGGAACGGGACGCUCAUGGGCCGACCAACAGAGGGCGCUCUCAUCUCUCUCGCCAUGAAGAUGGGUCUGGAGGGUGUGCAGCAGGAGUUUGUGAGGUUGGAGGAAAUCCCGUUCUCCUCUGAACAGAAGUGGAUGGCUGUUCGCUGUGUUCACCGAACCCAGCAGGAUAAGCCGGCCGUGUUCUUUGUGAAAGGAGCUUUUGAGCAGGUGAUCCGUUUCUGCAUCAGCUUCCACAGUAAAGGAGUUACCCUCCCCCUCACCAACCAGCAGAGGGAGCUCUACCAGCAGCAGAAGAGCUACAUGGGCACUGCUGGACUCAGAGUUCUAGCGUUCGCCUCCGGGGCAGAAAUGGGUAACCUCUCGUUUCUGGGGCUGGUGGGCAUCAUCGAUCCUCCGAGGGCGGGGGUGAAGGACGCUGUUUCGACGCUCAUCAGCUCCGGGGUGGCGGUGAAGAUGAUCACCGGAGAUUCUCAGGAGACAGCCGUGGCCAUCGCGAGUCGUCUGGGUUUGUACACUAAAGGCUCUCAGUGUUUGUCUGGAGAGGAAGUGGACGUGAUGGACAUCCAGCAGCUCUCGCAAAUCGUCUCCAGGAUUGUGGUGUUCUAUCGAGCCAGCCCCCGACACAAGCUGAAAAUAGUCAAGUCUCUGCAGAACAUCGGGGCGGUGGUGGCGAUGACGGGUGACGGUGUAAACGACGCCGUGGCUCUGAAGGCUGCAGAUAUCGGCGUGGCGAUGGGUCAGACGGGGACGGACGUGUGUAAAGAAGCAGCAGAUAUGAUCCUGGUUGACGACGACUUCCAGACCAUACUGUCGGCUAUAGAGGAGGGAAAAGGCAUUUAUAACAACAUCAAAAACUUCGUACGAUUUCAGCUCAGCACGAGCAUCGCAGCUCUUACGCUGAUCUCUCUGGCGACUCUCAUGAACUUUCCUAACCCCCUGAACGCCAUGCAGAUCCUCUGGAUCAAUAUAAUUAUGGACGGACCACCUGCUCAGAGUUUGGGGGUGGAGCCUGUAGAUGGCGAUGUGAUCCGGAAGCCUCCGCGUAACGUACGGGACAGCAUCAUCACGCGCAGCCUGAUCGUUAAGAUCCUGGCCUCGGCUUUCAUCAUCGUCUGUGGAACGCUGUUCGUCUUCUGGAGGGAGCUUCGAGACAACGAGAUCACUCCACGAGACACUACCAUGACCUUCACCUGCUUCGUCUUCUUCGACAUGUUCAACGCUCUCAGCUCACGCUCACAGACGCGGAUGGUGCACGAGAUGGGGCUGUGCAGUAACCGGACCUUCUGCUACGCUGUUCUGGGAUCUAUUAUGGGUCAACUGCUCGUCAUCUACUUCCCUCCCCUGCAGAAAGUCUUUCAGACUGAAAGCCUCAGUAUUUUUGACAUGCUGUUCCUGGUGGGUCUUACGUCCUCCGUCUGCUUCGUCUCCGAGGUCAUAAAGAAGCUGGAGCGGUGGCGGGGGGGCGAGCGGCCGGACGCCGCCGACUUCUUCCACGAAGUAUGACGCACGUUGCGUCCGGUGAAGAGGGCGAGCGGUGUC